AAUGGCAGAUCCUGAAGAAGAAGUAAAAUACAACCCCUCUGCACCCAGAGGGAGGCAGACCCGCAGUAGGACUACCCGCAGGGGCAAGAGGACUAAGUACACCAAGUUUUAUGAGGAUGAAGAAUCUGAUAGUGAUGUGGCUAUUCCAGAGGAUUUUGUGCAGUAUUUUGAAGUUUUCAAGGAGUUUAUCAAUGAUUUUCAGAAGGAGUUGGGCCAUGAGAAUGAAGGCAGGAAGGGAACGAAGAAGAGAGUGGAGAAAGCCAAAAGCAAAGAGAAGGAACAGAAAGAGGCCUUAGAGAAGGAGAUUGAGUCGAAAUUUGCGAAUGAUAACCAGCCUGAGUUACAACAGGUUGAGCAGAAUGAACAGGAUGUACAGGAACAGACUGAAAAUGCCCAGCAGGAGAGUCAUUUAGGAGUGAAUAGUGCAAUGGACCCAGGACAACAGAUGAAUGGACAAGAGUUGAUAUUACAGUUACUGGCGUCACAAGGCAAUUUGGCAGGGCUGAUACAAGGAGCAAGCGCUCAGAGAGGGCAAGGUUCGAAUCAAAGUUUGGGCAUGGAAAAUGUUGCCCAGACAAGUGCUCAAUCUUUGUUGUUGUUACAACAGAUUAUUCAGAAUACUCCAGAAAUUCAUGUAUUACAUCAACAGGAACAAUUGGCAUUGUAUCAGAUACAGCAGCAUAUCAGAAAUGCGCUUACUCAAAAUCUGGGGCAAGAGAUUGUUAGUCAGUUGGUAAUAGAAUAUAAAAAGACACAAGAUCAUCAUCAGCAAAAUAUCCAGGCUGCUAUCCAAAGAAAAUUAACAAUGAUAUUAUGUAGGAACAAUCCAGGCUUGUUUGGAGGUCAAGCUCAAGAGCCUCCUCAACCACCUCCACAAGAAGAAAACUCUAAUAUUGAAGUCGAUAUUUUUAAAUACAAUAGAAGCAGUUAUCAUCUGGGUAUUUCUUACUACAUAUACAUGAUGAAAAAGAAACAGUAUGAUAGAGAAAGACAACAACAAUGAGAAAUGGAGCAAAACGUAUCUAAAACACCUCAAAAUUUGAUUUCCACUCAGCAACAUCCCCAUGCUGCUUCUACCUCCCCUCAGAACCAACCGUCUCAUCAAGUCCAGUCUACACCUCCUCAGCCUACCCAAAUCCAUCAGGCGCCGCCAGAACCGACACAAAUUCCUUCGCUUCCAGUACACCCUUCGCAGCUACCCACUCAUCAGCAGCACCAGCAGCACCAGCAGCAACAACAGCAUCAGCAGCAGCAGCAACAGCAACAUCAGCCAGUCCAAGAGAACACCCAAUCUGCAGUACAGAACAUGUUCAACUACAUGCAGAUUUUAGCUGCUACAAACCCAGCUCUGCAGCAUCAGAUCCAGAUGAGCCAGCUACAACAAUUUGGCAUGAACAAUAAUGCAGCGCAAAUGCCCAAUGGUCAGUUCCAGCAACAACAAAUGCAACAGAAUGUAGCAACGAUAAGGAAUAAAGAUGAAAAGGAUAUUAAUUCAAAGGUCGACGACCUGAUGAAAUCGUAAUUAUUUUGAGUUUGCCAACCGAAUUUAUCA